AAGGGGGAUGCUAUGGGUUCUGUUUCCAUGGAAACUAGCAGCCGUAGGCUGGCUGUGUUGCAUGUCACAGAGAGGGAAUAAUGGCCCGAAAGGUAAACUUGGCAUAGGGAUGGUUCCUUUGUCGGAGAUGUUUGAACAAAGACAAAAGCAGCUGCCAGGAUCUCUCUGUCCCUAUUUGCAUCUUGUACGUGUCAUGGCAAGAGGAACCAGAUGGGAAUAACUGUAGAUCUGCAGCCAGCACCGGCGACGCUUUGAACGGCCGCGGCUGACUCUGGAUCUGCCCGCCACCUAUCCCUGGCUGUCCAGUGACUCCCGCCUCUGCUGCACAUUGAUUGACAAUCAUUCAUCAGUGCCCCAUAAGAAGAUGUUUGAAGAUAGGGACGAGACCAAGGAGACGGACGGGAGCCUGCUGGGCGACUCAGGUCACACUCCCCCAGGGAAGAAGGGGCACGUGAAGUGGCAGAAGCCGCGGCUCACGCGCAAGGCGCUGCUGAACUGCUGUCUGGUGAAGCGGAUCCUCUCCCGGGCGGCGCCCCAGGGAUCAGACACCAGCGACAGCGACCUCGAACUUUCAUCCGACCGGCACCAGCCAGAAGGGCUAGAGCAGCUGCAGGAGCUGACCAAAUUCACCAAGAAGGAGCUGCAGUCCCUGUACAGGGGCUUCAAGAACGAAUGCCCCCGCGGCGUGGUAAACGAAGACACCUUCAAGCUGAUCUAUGCUCAGUUCUUCCCUCAGGGAGACGCCAGCAUGUACGCCCACUUCCUGUUCAACGCCUUUGAUGUGGACCGGAACGGAACCAUCUGCUUCAAGGAUUUCGUCGUCGGCCUCUCCAUCUUGCUCUGUGGGACAGUGCACGAAAAGUUGAACUGGGCUUUUAACCUCUAUGAUAUUAACAAGGACGGCUACAUCACCAAGGAGGAGAUGCUGGCGAUCAUGAAGUCCAUUUACGAUAUGAUGGGCCGCUACACGUACCCGAUCGUCAGGGACGAUGCCCCCAUAGAGCAUGUGGAGAAGUUCUUCCAGAAAAUGGACAGAAAUCGAGACGGUGUGGUGACAAUCGAGGAGUUUUUAGAAACCUGUCAAAAGGACGAAAACAUCAUGAGCUCCAUGCAGCUGUUCGAGAAUGUGAUCUAGAAUGCGAUCUCGUCUCUCCCAGCGCGGCUGCCUCCCGGCCUGCACGCAGAUGGAUGCCUCUGUCUGUCUCUCUUGUUAAGCACACAAACAUCUUUAUGAGAAGAAAAACAAACUCUUUUUAUAUUUAAAAACAAAAAAACCCAAAAAAAAUACAAAAAAGAGGACGUAAUCAUGUUUGCUCCCGACACUGACCGGAUUCUUACUUGAAGGGCAAGAGGAGACAGAGAGAGAUUGGGUUUCAUGGGUUUGUCUGACCUAGCAGAGGGAUUGGCUAGCUCUUCCCUAGGAUACAGCAAGGGAACGCUACACAGUGUUAAAUACCACCUGUGGGAAAGAGACCAGCCUCAUGGAUUAAGCUCAGCACUUCUCACAUGGUAGCAGGAUGGAAAGGACGUUUGCAUGUGGGAGGUGGAGUUCUUCUCACUAGCAUCAAGUGAAAACCCGGCAAUGGGGCAGUUACUGGGUUCCAUCAGGAAAAGGAGGGAGAGGUAGUUACUGAAGAAGAAAUGGGUCUCAGCUGGCACAAUUUGGCAUAACUCCAUGGACUUCAUACCCCCAUUGCGAAAUCUGACUUCAGCUGAACUCCAUCAAUUUUCACCAGCUGAGGACCUGCUCCCCACUUUUCCAUGUGCAGGAAGCUCCUGGGCCAAGAUCCUGGAGCCUGAAUGUGUCUCAGAUGAGAGAGGAUGGUUUGUGGACACCUGAAUAGAAGACAUUACUGGCUGUUGGGAAUCAUCUCCAGAACUUCAGUUCUAAAAGCACAAGAGCAUCCACUCAAAGGCAGGUUCCACAUCGUGUGCAAAUGUUAGAGAACGUACAGCGCCUUCUAGCGUCCCCAGAGAAGGGAGACAAAGGAAGAAGCUAACACACCUUCUCCCCAGUCGCACUGAGAAUGAAUGUCCCUCCACCUGCAGUGGUAGGGGAGGAUGAGGUAUCUUCACUCAGGAGACUGGAACUGCGGCAAUCUGCAACAAAGAAACAGGAUUUGAAUUUCCUGAAGCAGAAGUACAAGCACAAAUACCCUGGCCCUUCCAAACUGGAGGAGGAGACGGGCCCUUGCUGCUACGUUCUGGAGCUGAACUCUUUCAUUGUUUUCCACCGGUCCAUCAUUUCCAUCAGAGCUGGCUCAAAUAUCUGUUGACUGCAAUUGAGGGUUACACUGGAAAACUGUUAGUUUGUGGGAUGGGCAGUGUUGUUUAACUGCGUUGGUCCCAGGGUGUGUGAGAGACAAAGUGGGUGAGGUACAACCUAUUAUAAGUCCAACUUCUGUUGGUGGAGAGGGCAAGCUUUUGAGAUACAUGGAGACAGAGGAAGAGCUCUGUGUAGCUCAAACUUGUCCUCUCCACCAACAGACGUUGGUCCAGUAAAAGAUAUUACCUCACCCAUCUUGCCUUUUCUGUGACACUGAAAGCUGAUGGGCGGUGACUUAUGAAUAUGCCCAAAACUGCAGGCUGCAGUUGAAAGUCAUAAGUCAAAUAGGGUGUGAAAUAUCACCUAUCCCUGGGGAACGUUCACAAGGUUUGGUUUGAGGGACUGUUUUUUUGUUUGUUUGUUUUUUUUAACAAGUGACUAUUUUUAGACAUUACACAUGCUGUUUCCAGGACUGAGAUGAGAUCUGACAUGGGGCGAACAAGUCUUGAAAGAGGCCAGAGAGUUGGAAAAGCCAGCUGGAAAUCAGCGCAUGUAGGGCUAGACAAGUCACUGGUCUUCAGGUUUGGUAGGGAAAAGAGGAGUUGGGUUGGUAGCUCUGCAACCAAGAGGGUGUCAUCCUCAAGAUCCAAGUCAGGGAUAAGUCAGUACAGUCUCUAAUGAGGAACUUUCUAAGUAGCUGGAUGCUCUGUCUCACUGGGAUUUCCUGUUGGCCAUGUCAGAGUCACAGAGCCAUGGGGCUAUCUGUUUCCAAUGCAAUAGAAAUCCCCUAGAUGAGGUGCCCUAGAGAGACUCCCCUUUCAGUUCCUUUAGUAACCUUGGAUGGGUCUGGUUAUUGAAUGACCCUGCCUCGCUGGGGAUGGAACACUCUCUGGUUAGAAGAGCACUAAGCCUGAGAAAUAGUCCCUGGGUCUGCAGUGGGGAAGAGGCCACCAAACACGUUGGGGAAGAGAAGGUGUCCUGGUGGAAGUUGUCACUGAUGCUUAAGCUAGUGCAGGCUCUGCUUCUUUCUCCCAGGCCUUCACCUUGGAUACAACCAGAUCCACCUUUCUCCCCCACUACCCCCAAGUUCUCCAGCCCCACUUCCCAGAUCUGAACUAGCAGAAGGAUCCAGACUUUUAACCACCCAGACUCAGUCCUCAUCUUCCUCUCAACCUCUCUCAGUGCCCAAAAACCAUCUCUCUCUCUCUGCCCAAGGCCCAGAUCAGUCUGUUUCUGUCUCCCACUCCCAAAAAGGCUCUGAAUUCCGUCUGUCUCUCCCUCUUCUCUACCCUAAGCCCUCUCCCAGAGGCUGUGAGUUUGCACUCGAUACUUCCUGACAUAUGUACAGUAUAAGGAAUGGCCGCAUGUCUCACUAGCAGUAGCCUUUACUCCAGUGCCCCAAUCUCAUGCCCACCCUCACAGCACAACCUGGGGAGACAGUUGUCGGUUCCUGUUCUCCGUAACUACUUGAUAU